AUGGCCGCCAGAGAAGAAGAAGAUGAACAUGGAUUCGUGAGGAGGAUAGAUCAUAAUAAGUUAAUGGGUCUAAAAAAAAAAGAGAAACUAAGUCACUUCCGAUUCUUCUGGCACGACAUUGUUAAUGGCAGCAACCCCACUGCCGUGCAAGUAGUUCCACUGGCAUCGAACACCUCCGCCACAUUUUUUGGAUUAAUUAGACUGAUCGACAAUCCAUUAACAUUAGGUCCCAAAAUGAGAUCAUCGAAAAUGGUGGGUAGGGCUCAGGGGUUUUAUGCUUUGGCGUCGCAACAAGAUUUAGGAUUGUUAAUGGUGAUGAAUUUUGCAUCGAGUGAGGCCAAAUACAAUGGAAGCACCAGCACUGUGCUUGGUUGGAACUCUGUCUAUGCUCCGGUGAGGGAGAUGCCGGUGAUCAGAGGGAGCGGUCUUUUCGGAUUUGCGAGGGGAUCUGUUAAAACCAAGACUCAUAAAUUGUAUAUCCAGAAUGGAGACGCCACUGUUGAGUAUAAUGUUUAUGUAAUGCAUUAUUGGGUUUUUUUAUUAUUAUUUGUGACUACAAUAAUGGAUUAUUUUGGGAAGAUGGUUAUAAUCAGCUUUUUGGUUAAAAGCUGCUUAUAA